CCUGAAAACAUCAUGCUGUUGGACAAGAACGUCUUCCUGCCGAGGAUCAAACUGAUCGAUUUCGGCCUCGCCCAUAAGAUCGAGGCCGGGGUGGAGUUCAAAAACAUCUUUGGGACGCCGGAGUUUGUAGCUCCAGAGAUCGUUAACUACGAGCCGCUGGGUCUGGAAGCAGACAUGUGGAGCAUCGGGGUGAUCACCUACAUCCUGUUGAGCGGAGCCUCUCCAUUCCUGGGGGAGACCAAACAGGACACCCUGGGCAACAUCUCAGCCGUGAACUACGAGUUUGACGAGGAGUUCUUCGGUCACACCAGCGAGCUGGCCAAGAAGUUCAUCAGCCAGCUGCUGGAAAAAGAUAAGAAGAAGAGAUUAACAAUUCAGGACGCUCUGAAUCAUCCCUGGAUCAAGUCCAACGAACACAAGGAGGAGAAGGCCAAAGAGCCAAAGAAACCAGAGCGACGGCGGCUGAAGACCAAGCGUCUGAGGGAGUAUACCAUCAAGUCCCACUCCAGCAUGCCACCAAACAACACCUACGUAAACUUUGAGCGCUUCGCCCAGGUGGUGGAGGACAUCGACCAGAUGGAGAGCUCUUUCGUUUCUCUGGCGGUGGCCCACGAUACCCUGCAGGAGGACAUUGACGCCUUGGUCUCCAUCUACAACGAGAAGGAGGCCUGGUACAAGGAGGAGAGCGAGGCCGUGCGCCACGAGCUCUCACAGAUCCGCUACGAGUUCAGGAAGGUGGAGGCCUCCAAGAAGAGCCUGCAGGACGACAUGCAGGCCUUCAGCUGUGGUCUCGCUGCCGUCAGCGAGCGCUACCAGGAGAGGCGGGGUCACUUUGAUGCACUGUGCCUGGAGCUUAGCAACGAGCUGAAGUGGGUCCAGGAGGCCGUGGGGUCCUUCCAGAUGGAGGAAGGAGGAGGAGGGUACCCCAACAGCAGCUUCYCCCCCGUCUUCAACAACGAUGUGAACGAAGCACUCAAAGAGCUGCUGAACCGCUCCUGUGGAGGAGAUCUGCUGUCCGGGAUAGACCUGGACCUGACUGAGACCAGUCAGCAGAGAUAGACCUGGACCUGACUGAGACCAUACCUGGACCUGACUGAGACCAGAUAAGUUCUAAUACUGUCUCUCCUAAAGUGACUGUUGCUUCUGAAAGAAGGGAUAAAAUGUGUUGGAAUAUUGUAACAAAUGUUGUAUUGUAACAAAAACAACUGAUGUGAAUGAGUGUUUUAGAUUGUUAUUUUUACUAAAUGAAUCCAAUAAAUUGUACAACUGUC